GCAUUUUUGCACAAAAACGUUUUAGGAAUCAACAAUCUCAAACACCCGUUUGGAACCCUAGUCAUUACAAUCGAACACAAAAGAUAUCUUAGUGAUCAUCGUUUACCAUGAUUGCUCUUCGUCGUUUUCGUUUUACCACCCGAGUUCCCUGCAUUAGGGCUUCGCCGCUCGGUUCUUCUUCUUAUUCAUCAGAUUCCGUUCCUGAACCUCUUCCUUCUGACCCAUUAGACUUACAUUCGUCCUCUGAUCUCAUAAGAAAACAACAUUGGAGUGCUCUCAAAAUCCUAACCAAAUCCACAAACCCCAACAGUUUUCUUCAACAACUUUAUGAUUGGGGUGCACCUUAUGACGUCGUUCUAGGAUACUUCAAGUGGUCACACCAAGAGUUCCAGGUAUCCCACUCACUUGAACAUUACUGCAGACUCUUUUACCUGCUAGCAAAUGGUAAACAGUUCGGAAGAAUUAGGGCUUUGUUGGAUAAUCAUUAUGUUAAGAUUGCAAUUAGUAAAUACUCUCCUUCUUCAAUUCUUCGUAUGCUUGAGAGGGUUUGCGAUAAUGUCUGUGCAAAUUCGAUUAUAGUUGAUUUGUUAAUAUUAGGUUAUGCGAAGAACUCAAAGACAGAUUUAUGUUUCGAGGCUUUUGAUAGAGCUGGUGAUUACGGGCUGAAGUUAUCAGUAUGGUCAUGUAAUCGAUUGAUAAAGUUAUUGAUAAAUCAAGAGAAAUUUGGACGUGUUGAGUUUGUUUACAGAGAGAUGAUUAAGAGAAGAAUUGAGCUUAAUUUAUCUACAUUUAACAUGGUAAUCAAUGGAUUAUGCAAAGUUGGGAGGCUUCACAAGGCAGGAGAUGUUCUUGAGGAUAUGCAAAGUAGAGGGAUUUUGCCUUCAGUAGUGACCUACAACACACUCAUUGAUGGCUACUGUAAAAAAGGUGGAUCUGGUAAAAUGUAUAAAGCUGAAGCCCUAAUGAAAGAAAUGAUCAAAAAGAAAAUCUCCCCCAAUGAAAUUACAUACAAUGCCCUCAUUGAUGGGUUUUGUAAAGAUGAAAAUCUCUCUACUGCAACAAACUUUUUCAAGAAAAUGGAAGUCAGUGGAUUAAAACCCGAUGUGGCUACUUAUAAUUCUUUAAUCAAUGGGCUAUGUAAUUUGGGGAAGCUUGAUGAAGCUCUUGUGUUACAUGACAAAAUGGUGGAAUCAAACGUGAAGCCGAGUAUUAUCACCUAUAAUUCUUUAAUGAAUGGGUUUUCAAAGAAGAAACUGGUAAACAAAUGUAAAGAGUUAUUCGAUGAUAUUCAUAAUCAAGGUUUAAUUCCCAAUGUAUAUACUUAUAAUACUCUAAUCAAUGCUUAUUUCCGAAGUGGGAAUUUUGAAGAAGCAGUUAAAGUAUACAAAUCAAUGGUAAAAGGCAGUGUUACUCCCAAUGUUUCAACAUAUAAUUCUUUAAUAACUGGAUAUUGUAAAGAAGGAAACAUGAAGGAAGCUAAUAAGGUUUUAGAUAACAUGAAGGAAAAAGAUUUGAAAGCUGAUAUUGUAACAUAUAAUAUAAGAAUUGGUGCACUUUGUAAACAGGGGAACACAGGGGAGGCAAUUAAGCUACUUAAUGAGAUGUCUGUAGUGGGUUUGAUUCCUAUUCAGCUGACUUAUAAUAUCUUGAUUGCUGGUUAUUGUGGGGAGGGUAAUCUUAAGAGUGCUUUAAAUAUGAUGACAAGAAUGGAGAAAGAAGGGAGGCGUUGUAAUGUUGUGACAUAUAAUGUGUUGAUUAAGGCUUUUUGUGAAAAGGGUAAAUUGGAAGAAGCUAAUGUGUUUCUCAACAAGAUGCUUGAGAAAGGUUUGGUGCCUAAUGAAAGAACUUAUGAUAUUGUUAAAGAGGAAAUGAUGGAGAGAGGAUUUGUUCCUGAUAUAGAUGGACAUCUUUAUAACAAUCUUGUUACUUCUUGAUGUUUAAAUGAGGUCUCAGGUUCAAAUCUUGGCAUCACCUUUUUUUUAUUGGGGAUAUUGUGAUUUUAUUUACUCUCCUCAUGUGGGACCCGUUGAGUGGGUCCAGAGGGGGGGGGGGGGGGGGGGGGUUGACCUUUAAAGUUUGAUGCUUUUGGUUGACAAUUUGAAAAUGAAAGAUACAAGAGCACGAAAGGUGUAAGAUUCUACAGUCUACAGAGGUAAUGAAAUGAUAAAGUUGUAUUUGUUUUGGUGGAAGGAAUUCAAUCCAUUCUUCUGUUUUUGUUGAAGGACCAAAAUACCCCCGUUAUAUCUUUUUAAAGAGAAGUUGUUUAAUGCAUAUAAGGUGAAAUGAUGCUUCUUCAGAGGGUGGCAAUUCAAAAAUAUAGUAAAAAGACAUUUAGAUAUAUUUGGAAAAUGAGCGUAUAAGGGUAACAUUGGAAAAUUUGUAGCAUAAAUCCUAUGAGUUUCUUAAUAAAUUAUGGCAAAUAACUUUUUGGAA